AUGUUCGGUCAAUCUCUCAACAAAAAGGGCAAUGGUGAUAAUGAAGGCGAGGCGCGACGGCCUCUUCUAAACCGGUCGCAAGACGACUUGACCGACGACAGCAUUUUUGCCAUCGACGACGAUGACUCAGACCAUGACCACAUCGAAUCCCAGCCUAAUCCACCGCAUAAAGGAAAGACUGAGCAUGUCGUACGCUUUCAGGAGGACGUGCAGGUCAUAGGCCCUCCCUUAAGGUCGACCAUGGCAAGCCGAGAGGCAGAAUACGAACUCGAUUCCGAUGAGCUCGACGACGAGGCCACCGUUAGAACACCUCCCGGACAUAUGGACCGUAGUAUGCCGUUGCUCGUCGGAUUAUUGGAUGAGUCCGCCCGAAGAAACUUAGACACCGCUAUUCCUCUACAUACUCCUUCUGAGCCGCCGAAUCCAUCGGAGUCGGUUUUGGACUUGGAUGACAUAGUUGUGAAAGUAAACGCAGGUGGAGGAAUGGUAGAUUCAAUAGCCAACAUGGCAAAUUCAAUAUUAGGAGCAGGUCUCCCCUACGCUGUCAGCCAAGCUGGAUUUUUCACAGGAAUCGUCCUGCUAGUAGUCUUAUGUGUGGUAACAGACUGGACCAUUCGUCUUAUUGUCGUCAAUGCAAAACUUAGUGGUAGUCAUUCUUACAUUGGCAUCAUGAGCCACUGCUUUGGAUCAAGUGGACGAGCGGCCGUUUCCUUCUUCCAGUUCGCUUUCGCGUUUGGAGGCAUGUGCGCGUUUGGGAUAAUCAUUGGGGAUACCAUACCUCAUGUCAUCCGCUCAAUAUUCCCCGACCUACAUUCGAUACCCGUGCUUUCAUUAUUUGCGAAUCGUCAGUUUGUCAUUGCUCUCUGUACUAUUUGUGUAUCCUACCCAUUGUCGCUAUAUCGUGACAUUCAUAAACUCUCGCGAGCAUCUGGCCUUGCUCUUGUCGGGAUGCUCAUAAUCGUUGGCUCGGUUCUGAUCGAGGGCCCUCAGGUCACCCCUGAUUUGAAGGGUGACCAGUCCAAACGAUUCACAAUCAUUGGUCUUGGUAUUUUUCAGGCGAUCGGGGUUAUCAGCUUCGCAUUUGUCUGCCAUCACAAUUCAUUGCUCAUUUACGGCAGUUUACGAACUCCAACGCUAGACCGGUUCGCCCAAGUGACCCAUAUAUCUACCCUAAUAUCGCUGGUAUCAUGUUGCACAUUGGCAAUUUCAGCAUAUGUCGUGUUCACAGACAAGACACAAGGGAACAUUCUCAAUAAUUUCUCUCCGAGCGAUACCCUCAUUAAUGUUGCUCGCUUCUGCUUCGGAUUGAAUAUGUUCACGACACUACCUUUGGAACUUUUUGUUUGCCGAGAGGUCGUGGAGCAAUAUUUCUUUUCUCACGAGUCUUUCAAUCAACAACGACAUGUAUUCUUCACCACAAGCAUUUUAUUUAUGUCGAUGCUAGUUGCACUGGUUACUUGCGACCUUGGGGUGAUGCUCGAGAUUACCGGCGGCGUAUCAGCUACAACGCUAGCAUUUAUCUUCCCUGCCGCCUGUUACCUCAAACUCAUAAGCCCCGAAUCACCGUGGCAUAGCCGAAGAAAGCUGCCUGCUGUUUGUUGCGUGGCAUUCGGAGUAACGGUGAUGGCUAUCUCCUUGUUUCUAGCGCUGGGCAAGACCUGGACUCCGGAAGGCAACGCGAAAAUCUGCAUGUAA